UUAUCAACCUUGGCCCAAUUUCUUAGAUUUGUUAUCUACGUGCUAGGCUGAUUCUUUAAACAUUUUAGUUUCAGAACAUUUUGUUUAUUUACUGGAAUCUUGGUUUUAGAAGUAUGGAAACGAUCACUGUGUUUUGGAUAUUUUUUAACGUUUUUGUUGCCCGCGUCCGGGGCGUCACAUCGGUAGGACAGACCUACUCUGGCUGCCUGGACCAUGGGGAUGCUGGCGGCUACCGCCUCCGCUGUCCUUAUGGCUACAUUACAAACGUGCAGCUCACUUCCGGUGUCGGCUCCUGUUUUGAAAAAGUUUGCCUUGGUCUGACGUCGACUCUAAUGGUUGCACAACACCAGUGCUACUGGCAAGAUCAAUGUGACGUUGAAUUUCCGGUUGACGUCAUCGUCAAGACGUCGGAGUUCAGCAAGUGUAUAGCCCGGCGCCCAGGAUUCGUAGAAAUCAGUGGCUACUCCUGCUUUAAUCAUAAGGACUCUCCGAAUGAUAGCGGGAACAGUGAGAGCCGACUUCUUAACAUCUGCGCUGAUACGGACGGAAAUCCGCAUCGCACUUCCAGCAGCGCAACCUACGCUCGAAGUGAGGGUCUCAUCCGGAGCCACACUUCAUUCCCCUGGUCAUAUGAGAGCACAGAGAGGAACUGCUCACUGGAACUGCCGCUCCUCAGCGGUCACCGUCUCCAUGUGACCGUUCACCAUAUGGACGUGGGUGAGCAUGACAGCGUCAUGGUAAUAGGUACAAACUCCAAGGAGCGCCGCUCCCUCGUGAACGCAGCUCCGGGUACCGCGCUGACGAUCGGCGAGGAUUGGGACUCUAGCUUCCGGUUUGAUUUCAAUGUCAGUGUGGAUUCUAAUGGCGGAUCCGGCUUUGUCAUCUGCUUCAAAUUUUAUAAACUGGGCGAUGACAGUGGACCCCAGAACAACGACGUCUGUGAUGAGCUACUUUCCAAGGGCGUUCUUGAGCUCCUCCCCGCCACGACCCAGCCGCCAACUCAGCCGCCUGUCGUAGGGCCCAAUCCAGUAACAUGCAAGAGGAAAAAGAACGGGAAAUGUCGAGGGCCGAAGAAGCCGAAAUGUAAGAAAAUCAAGGAUGUAGAAGCAAGGAAGAAAUGUAUUGGGGCUCGCAAAGGAAGAAAGGGGAAAGGAAAGAGUAGAAAGAAGAGGAAGGGCUCGAAUUAACUCUGUCUGUUCCAACAGCACCGUCGGAUACCGCUGCCAUUCGAAUGCGCUCUGGUUACGGAGAUUUCAUUCGGUACUCCUCGGCGGUUUUCCAUCGAAAACAGCCUCAGAUGCAUGCCGGUACAACAACGGGAGAAGUUUGUAAAAUUUGAAUAAAAGUUUAAACUAAGUGUAGUAUUCUAAAGUGUAUAAUGUAUUACUAAGUUUAAAUUGGUUGCGUAAAGUGUAUUAUUGCAUAAAUAAUAAGAUUCCGAAAAGCAAAGUCAUUAAGUUUAACCGCUAAACUGAAAUAACUACGCGAUCUGCUUGUAGCGUAGUUAAAUGUAAAGAUUUCUGACAUUGUAAACCGUCCUUAUACAGCCGAGGUUGCUUCGAUGGAAAGUGGCCGAGAUGUUCCGAAUGCGGAGAAUGCUGUGAGAAACAUGACAUGUGAGAGUGAAUGUAGCUACACGUAAAAUUUGCUGUUUAGUUUUAAAGUCGUUUUUAAGUCGUUUGCGAAAUUAUGUUCAGACACUAACCUGUAGACUCGGUGAUACUCGCAAAAAUAACUUUCCUCGUGCGAUCGUGUGUCAUUCUAAUCUUGUACAGUGUACAUAUAACAUGAUGACGUUGUUCACAAAAAGUAGUCCACACGUACACGUACAAGUAGUGUUUCGCAAUCUUUCUGAUAACAGCCAAUAACACCAAUUCUGAGUCGACAUCGUUUGUUUAUGACGACAGGGAGAUUUCUUGACAUUCACAAAAAAGAGGUUCGUUAGAGUUGUCUCAGCUUGGUUUUUAAGCAUAGCUUUACCACGGGUACAACCCUAAGAAAAGCGAGUCUUUGAUAUGAAAUUGCCGUUCUGGCAUGCUCACUAAACAUUGAUUAGAAAGAAACACGGCGCUAAGUUUUACAUGUUGAAUUGAUCAAACUUUUAAGCUGUAAUGUUACAAUUACACAAACA